GGGAUCCUCAGUGAGGAACGAAAGUGUACAAAAACAACAAACAAUUUUGUAUGUUUAUUGGAAUCACUGAAAUCAAACAAACCGCAGCACCACUUAAGCACCUUUUUACAUCAACAUUAUUUACUCAAGUUUAACAAAGGAAGUGAUUUUUUUAAUGAAACAAACUACUAUUCAAGACAUAGUUAAAGUUUAAUGCAUUGUCUUCUUUCUGGAGAAAGCUUCAACCAGUUCAGUCAAGACAAGUGUAGAUCGUUCAGGUAAGUAUAAAAAUGAUAAUUGGUUACACAUUGAGGAAAUUAUUAGUCGGUAUGCACCCGCUGAUUAUAGUAAUGCAAUAGAACUAAGCCUUUCCAGAUAGUAUUGGGACAGCAGAAUCCAAACCACAAUGGACGUUCUCAUUGAACCCGACUGUUACAAAGUAUGUCGGAUCUGCAUGGAAACGUGUGAAGAAGAUUUUGUCUGCGUAUAUGAUGAGUUCGAAGACCUAAUAAUGAUGGAUGUGAUUGCGGAAUGCGCACGAGUUGAGAUAAGGAAGGAUGAUGCUCUUCCGAGAAACAUCUGUAGAAGCUGUGCUGAAUACAUGAUAAUAGCUUAUCACAUCAUUCAAAAGUGUCGUGAUUCCGAUCAAAGCUUGAGAUCCAUAUUUAAACACGAGAUUGAUUUACGAGCCAAACACGAAAAUAAGGAACAUAACUUCGGUAGUUCUGAGCUCCAUGAAGACGAAAUCAACCCCGAGGAGUACGCAUUUCUUUUAACCGAAGCAUACGACGAUAUGUUAGACCACGUGGGAGACUUCAUUAAUGAAGGUUCAAACGUUUUGGAUGGUCAGGUCAAUGUAAAACGUGAAAUUGAAUUUGUCAACUCAGCAUCUAAUAACGUGGCAAUCAACGAAGGUACAGAGAAGAACAAUGAACUACCUCAAACUGACCCAAUCAUAACUCCUAUGCCGAUCAAAUGUUGCGGAUGUAAGCAAUACUUUUCGGAUGAAAAUGAACUGAAAACCCAUUCCGAAGUUUCGCACUUCAAAGAGGGCACUGGUCAGGACCCAGCGAAACCGUUCGUCUGCACAAUUUGUUACAAAACGUUUUCCGCGUCUCAUCUGUUGAAGGAACACAAGAGAACCGUGAACCGGAAAUUCGCCUGUCGCCAUUGUGGGAAAAGCUUCAUGACACAGGCAAAUCUAGAUACCCACUUCAAACACCACGAGCAAUACAAAAAUGGCAUCAAGUGUUGCGGAUGUCGGAAGGAAUUUGAAAAUGCAGAUGAAUUGUUUUAUCAUUCACAGCAGGUUCACAAACCAGAGCAAACUUCCAACACAGAGAAGCCAUACGAAUGCGAUGUCUGUUUCCGUAGAUAUCCUACCCGGAAAUCCUUAGUUAGCCAUAAACGUCUUAUCCAACAGUAUCAAUGCGAACAAUGCGGCGAAUUUUUCUUGAAACACUCUUUUCUCAUUAAUCACGAACAAACAUACCAUCCUCCGAAGAAACAACAGGAGGAUAUAGCACGUUGCUGUGGUUGCCGAAAGGAGUUUUCCAACGCGCAAAUGCUUAUGGAGCACAUCUCAAUCCAUCAUCCACCAGUUCCAGAGGACAAACAGAAACCGUACGUGUGUGAAACGUGCCACAAAAUAUUCAAAUUCGAAGUGAACCUCAAAAUACAUCGGAAAAAAGCUACGCAAACUAGGAAAUAUGACUGCAGAGUUUGUGGCCGCAGCUUCAAACGGUCUUGUGACAAGAGCAACCAUGAAGCGACACAUUCCACCGAACUUCCGUUUGCAUGUUCGAUUUGUUCAAAACGUUUCAAGAAAAAAAUCUACCUCCGGACCCAUUUAAAAAUCCACGAUACAAAUGCCCCGAAAAGUUUCAUCUGUCAACAUUGUGGCAAAGCAUUUCGUACCAGGGACCUCCUUCGGAUUCACAGCAUUUCCCAUAGUGAGGAGCGCAAGUACAUUUGUCCUUCCUGUCCGGCUACGUUCAAGAGGCUGUACUGCCUUAAAGUGCACACCAAAACCCAUUUGCCUGAAAAAGCCUACGCCUGCCAUAUCUGCCCGAAACGUGUAUCGCAACUAUCGGACCUCAAGCGUCAUCUACGUACUCAUGCUCCAGGCGACGAAGCCAAGCCGUUCCAGUGCGAGUACUGUUUGAGGCGCUAUCCUCGCAAGGAUUAUCUUAAGCAGCACAUCCGCAAGCAACAUCUGGAGAAGGCUGACAUGAUACUUGUCGAAGAAGUUGCGUUGGAGUUCAGGGAGAACGAACAAGGGGCGGAAUUGCUAUUUCUGGAGGAGGCGGCUGUCUGAUAUUUCACUAGGAAGGAACAUAUAGUUCGAAUGAACGGGUUAUUUUUCUAUACAUUGAGAUACGUUUUAUCCAGCUUUUUCUAACUCGUGAAAUUUAAGUUUGAAUAUUUUAAGAAGUAAACUGAAAAACAGUCGUUGGUUAAAUUUAAAUA